AAGAUUUCAGUUGGGAAGGAGCUAAUGAUGCUAUUUUUCAUUUAGAUUAACAAUAAUGGUGGUCCACCAGGCCUGGAGGUGUUUUUUCUAACCCAUUUUUCAGGGGUGUAAAUACUAUUGUAUAGGGGUCUGGGGGCAAACUCUCCCUUAAAAAUUUUGCCCUUUCCAAAUAUAUAAAAUGCCCAUUAUUGUUAAAAUCUAAAUGGAAAAUAGCAUCAUUAGCUACUUCCAACUGAAAUCUUAUUUACAUAUAUUUUUAUAAAACCAGUCAAAAAAGUUAGUAGGGCGAAGGACUUCGACAUUCGCAAAUUCAGUUAUUGAAGUUAAUAAAACCAAAACUGCAAAAAAUAAAAAUAAGUGGCAGCCACACUUUAGGGGAUAAUGGUUUCCAAUGCCAGCGAAACGCAAGUUAUUAACAUUCGUUUAUUUAUUUUGUAGGGGGUCUGGGGAGAAAAAUUUUGAAAUUCCAGGCUCGAAAAUUGCAGUCUGUAGUAGCGAAGGAUUCCCUCGUUUUAGGGUCCUUCAGUCGGAUCUCUAUUAAGCGGUCACCCUCUAUUAUUCAACGGUCACUUACUGAAAUCCAAAAUGUUCUCUUUCCUAUUGUAAACUUUGACCCUUGAUUAGCGUCGCCUCUAUUAAGCGGGCGUGGUCGCCAUAUAGACAGUCCCGUUUGCCAACUUUCACUGUAUUAAACAAAAAACCGCGCUAUAAAAAGGUUAGUGCCAGGCGUUUGUCACCUUCAGUUGUCAUUCACCCUCCGAACUGACAACAGCUGCCAAUAGCGCUUUGAAUAACAACGUGAAUAGAGAGAAAGAUUUUUACUCCAUCCUGCUUGAAUUAUUUCAAAUUACAACAAUUUAUAGCAUAAACUCUACUAGGAAUCUUCAAAAGAGUUUCACCUACCGCAGAAUGACAAUAAACACCGGUAUAAUGUUGAAUAACAAUUACACGGCAGUUACGCGAUCUCAGUCUCGCAAUCUAACACUAAAGAGCUAAAAUGAUAUUUUAUAAACUACCCCUGCAGUUUUAAGUCCCGAGGGUGACGACUGCAUUAUUUGGGGAUACCCGGGCGGACGUCAGGUCACGCGCCAUCACGCAAUCCCCAACCAGAAGUAGGGCAAGCUGAAGUGUCCAAGAUGGCGUCUAAGUGUGUAGUAUGGUUGGCGCUUGUGGUUAUCCAGUUCGGAUUUGGGGCUUAUGGCGUGGUUGUAUCUAAAUUCGCCAAGGACCAGAAGGCAGACCCUCUAGUGUUCAGCCUGAUAAGGGAUGCCGGAGCAUUUCCAGUACUUCUUCUGGCCGCGGUCAUAUCUGAAAAGAGACUCCAGAUUCCGACUGUUAGGGAUUUGCCUUUGUUUCUUGUGCUGGGCUUGGCUGGCAUGUUCGGUAACCAGCUCCUAUACUUGCUCGGCGUGUAUUACACAAAUGCAAACAUCGCAUCCAUCUUCCAGCCCGCUAUCCCUGUGUGGACGGCACUGAUUGCUAUAAUUACUCGUAUAGAACCCUUCCCUCCGGUCACCAAACUCCACGGCUGGGCCAAGAUCCUCGGCAUUCUCCUCGCCGCUGUUGGCGCGUUCACUAUGAGCAUCAAGGGCGGACUCUCUAACAAUGGCGACAGCUCUGAGGCUCUCGGCUAUGUCUUCCUGCUGGGAAAUACUCUCUGCAUGUCCGUGUACGUACUCAUUCAGAAGAGAUUCAUAUUCAAUGUCGAGGACUCGACUUGGAGAUCCAAGCCUGUCACUGUCACGGCUUGGAGCUACAUGUUUGGAGCCAUGUUCAUGGCGCUAGCAUCCCUUUAUUACGUCAAUAAACCGGAGAAAUUCCACCAUAUCCCUAGAGAGGAGGUCUACCCGAUCGUCUACGCCAUUUUCAUAGCGUCCGCGCUGUGUUACUUGUUGAUCACCUGGUGUAACAUGCAGAUUUCUUCGUCGCUUGUCACUGCCACGUGGCCGCUACAAGUUCUUUUCUGCGCCGUAUUGUCUUACCUUGUCUUGGAUGAGGUUAUGAACUCCCUCCAGUACGCUGGGGGUGUACUGAUAAUCCUAGGGCUGCUAGGAGUCGUGUGGUCGAAUUACUCGGAGGAGAAGGAACGCGAUGAAAAUUUAGAUGACUCGUAUGGAUAUGUGAGGGUUUCGCAGGAAGAUGGAUUUAUUCCAGAGUCCGUGGCGCGCAAGCAUUUGAACUGUGAUUGAUUGAUUGAAUUCCCGGCCUAGUGUUCCACCGUCACCGCGUCACCUCUCCGUCAUCAUAAUCAUAGUCAUUAUCACCAUCAUCGUCAUAGUCAUCGUCAUCUUCGUCAUAGUUAUCAUCAUCGUCAUAGUCAUGGGCAUCAUCGUCGCAUAGUCAUCAUCGUCAUAGUCAUCACCACAAUCAUCGUCAUAGUCAUCAUCACCAUCAUCGUCAUAGUCAUCAUCACCAUCAUCGUCAUAGUCAUCAUCACCAUCAUCGUUAUAGUCAUCAUCACCAUCGCCAUAGUCAUCAUCGUCGUCGUUGGUGGUGUUAUCACCACCAACCCCUCUUUUACCGCCACUAUUAUCAUCAUUAGUGAGACAAUCUUCCUUUUUCCCUCAGAUGUUUCAAAACUUUUAAAAGUUAUGUACUUUUUGUUUGAAAAAGCCUUUUUCCUAAAA